CAAGUGAAUGAGUUUUGUGAUCGCACGCACGUCCUUUUGCUCCGCGUGUUGCACUCGUUGCUCUGGAAACCUCAAGGCUGGUGUGAUUUUGAGUGGCGUAGUGAUUUGAGCAGUCUUUGGCUAUUUUAAAGUUAAUUACUUCGAUGAGCAAGACAUUGAGGGGAAAGAGAUAAACUUGAUAGUGAAUGUGUUCCUCCACGAAGGCAUGUAUCGAGAAGAUAGAACAUGUAGAGAAAAAUUGUCUGAUAUUCGAUAGAAAAUCCAUGUAUAAUUCUUAGAAAUAGCCCAGCGACAUAUGACAUGCUGAAAAUGUACAUUUGUAGAUAGGACACGCAGGUUUAUAAUUUGGAAGGCACAUACGUAUGCUAAGAAAAGGAAGUGUCUUGGUUGUGUCCCAAAACUGAGGCAAAAUGAUGACCGAGGAAGAUCGCCUGGAUGAGGCAGAGGUGACCGUGGUUCUACCUGAUAGAACUGUACCAGUAGAAAACCAUGCACUCAGUAAUGAGUCACCAACUCUCCAGGGAAGCUUGUCUCAUAAGUUUGAGCUCUUUGCAGCAUGUGUGAUGGGACUUAGCACACUAUCAGGUGGCUUUCUGGAAGGCUACACCUCUCCUGCUAUCCCAACUCUGCUCCAGAACAGCUCCUUUGUUGAGACUGGCUUCACGGAUGACACAGAUGAGGAAACAUCAGAGCUAACUACAAUUCUGCCAGAAGUAGAGAGUACAACCAUUGCGGAUUGGACUGAAGAAAAUACGACACUGGUUAAGCGAGAUGUGAUGAAUGCAAACUCCACUCUGAUCCCAGACGUUGAAGUGGAAGUCAGAAAACUUUUCACAGAGCUUCAUUUAACGGAGGAGGAAGCAUCAUGGUUAGGAUCCUUACUCUUACUUGGAGCCUGUUUGGGUGCUUUAGUGUCCUCAUGGGUAAUUGGCCUUGGCAGGAGACGAGCUGUUUGUGCUUCUGCUUUUCCAAGAUUCGUUGGUUGGAUAAUGAUUAGUGCAGCUUCAGAUGUGUACAUGAUGUAUGGUGGAAGAUUCUUAACAGGAGUAUCCAUUGGUAUUGUAACCUCAGCAGUUCCUGUCUACAUCAGCGAGGUGGCCCAUUCAUCUGUUCGUGGAGCUCUCAGUUGUAUUGUGCAAAUAGGUGUAAAUAUUGGAAUAUUCACUGCAGCUUUUCUAGGAACAUUCAUGGAGUGGCGUGGCCUUGCGGUGUUUGGUGCAGUCACUGUGGUGAUUUACUUCGUAUUUACACUCUUCAUUCCGGAUUCUCCAGUCUGGUUGAUAAUGUGUGGCCGGGAUGAUGAUGCAAGGCAGUCAUUGAGAAAGCUGAGGGGUAGAAAGUACUGUGUGGAAUAUGAACUUCAGCAGAUUAUAUCUGCAAAAGCAAACCAGUAUAACCAAUACUCAUGGAGAGAGGUUGUGACACAGAGAUCAUGUGUAUUGCCAUUAGCGGUUGUGGGAUUAGUCACGGUUGUAAACAGGUGCUCAGGCUAUAAUGCCAUCAUCACAUACUGUGCCACUUUCCUCCACCAGGCAGUCCCAGCUGUUAGUGAAUACUGGGCUGCUGCAGCUGUUACUCUAAUGCAGGUUGUGUCAACCCUUGGUGCUGCUGUGCUUGUGGACCGCCUUGGACGCAGAAAGCUAUUGCUGGGAUCCAUAUUAGCAAUGGCCAUAGCUUUAGCCACUAUUGCUAUCUGCGAAAUAGCAACCACUCAUGGUGCAGGUAACAGCUGGGUGGCUGUCCUUGCAACUAUCUUCUAUGUGAGUGCAUAUUCCAUUGGUGUGGGUCCCAUCACCUGGGUGUUAGUAGGAGAACUGUUCCCGCAAGCUGCAAGAGACAAAGCCUCUGCCAUUAUUGCUGUUCUUAACUGGUUUUUAGCUUUCGUCAUUACCAAGACAUACUUCAGAUUAGAAGCUGUGACUGGGAUUGCUGGCACCUGUUCAGUGUAUAGUAGUGUCUGUGUUGUUGGAUUGGUUCUCUGUUACUUAGUUGUCCCAGAAACCAAAGAAAGAACACUGGGCGAGAUCGAGGCCUAUUUCACAUAUAGCAAAUUGUCCUGGAAGUCAACCAAAAAUAGGCGUGAUGUUGCUCUUUCAAGCAUCUUGGAGCAAGAGGGGGGUAUUGUCGAUACUUACAGCACCUUUGAGAAUGCUGAUUGAUGGUUGAGUAUGAGGGUUAGAGUAGACCAAGUUGAUUUUGAUCUCUUACAAUGUUUGCAAUAAUUGGCUGAGUAACUCUAAAAGGUUUAGAUGUAGGAUGAUAAUUAAUCCUUCCUGAAUAUUUUUAGAUAUGCAAUUCACUCACAUAGCUCAGCAAGUAAUGUUAAGACAAGAAUUUUAUUAUACAAAGAAUGUGAAGUUGAUUAUACUCAAACAUAUAUCACAAAAAUUAUAAGGAUGUGAAUAAUGAGAUACAGAUCAUAUUUCUAGCUAUG